GCGGUUGCUGUAUGACCUUGAUGCAAAUAAGGUAAAUCUCUACCUUAUCGUGGCUAUGAAGGUCAAACUUCCUAGUUCAUAUCUCGCUGGUAAUUCAAACUGCAACCCGAGACGGAUCACCCUGUCAGGUGUUCGCGGCAGAUAUCUAGUGAAGUGUGGCCCGUGCCCAGUCUCGGCGUUGUGUACAUAGAAUUCCUCUAUCACAAUCGCACUUCUUUCCUUCCAGAUGGCUUCACAAACAGCUCCUAGAGACUUCCAGCAUCAGCCUCUGAUCGAAACCCUCACCAACUUCUACAACCUCCUAGCCGAGACCUGCUACAUCCAAACCUCCGACAUCCUCCUCCCCCCACACGGCGCAAACUUCAACCCCUCUCUCGGCGCGACCGACGGCUUCUCCCCUUCAGCCCUUACUCUACUCUCGCAACUACCAUACCUCUCCGAACAAUGCCAAACCAUCUCCCUCGAUGGCGGCUCAACCAAUCCGCUCUCCUACCUCACAGACCCAUUUCCAGAUGAAGACGGCAACCUCUCGAGAGGCUCUUGGCCAGAUGCGCGCGAUCCCACGUGUCUGGGCGACGAAGAGAUGAAGCUCCCAGAACACAUGGUCGCCAUCACGCUCGGCAAUCUGUACGGGACCUGGCUAAUCUACGAUCUGGAAUCUCGUGCGUCUCCAUCUAUCCUGUCGCAGACUUUUUAACAGAGGGCAGGCACUUUGCGCGCGUGGGACACGAUAGCCGGGGAAAUAGACUCCGCCGCAGACAUUGAGAAGCUGCCCGCGCUUGCGCCGGCAGAGCUGCUGGAACAAUGGGCGGCUAGAUUCAGAGCGCUGGAAAUCAUGCCGCUUGAGUUUU